CUAGGAGGGUUAUUACGGUUGAACACGCCCAUUUUCCUCGAUGCUGUUGCAUUGGGAGGGGUCUAGCACCCAAGGCGCCAUUGAAUUGUUUUGCCGGUGAACAGACGCAGAAUCACCGCGGCUGUGCGCAAUUCAGAGAAGCAAAGCGGCCGUCGGCUCUCCCUGGAUUGCAAUAUUCUAACGAUCGAAUCUUUUAGUUUUUUUUAUAGUCCAUCUACACUAAAACAACAACAUGAGUGAAAUCAACGUAAAAAAGCUUAAGGUGAACGAGUUGAAGGACGAGCUGAAGAAGCGCCAGCUUUCCGACAAGGGAUUGAAGGCCGAGCUUAUGGAGCGGCUGCAGGCCGCGCUCGAUGCAGAGGCCCAGGCCGAAGAGGAAAACCCUGCCGCGGCAGAAGCAACAGAAGAAAAGGAGGCCGAGGGAAACGGUGUUGCAGUCGAAAAAAAAGACAUGGGUGAAGAAGAGCUGGAGGGCGAGAGCAUGGAGGCCGAGGAGCAAAAUGGAGACGGGGGUGAUGCCGCUGUUGUGGGUGAUGGUCAGGACGAUGAAAUGGGCGAAGAGGAGGAGGAUGGGGACGCCGGCGUGGAAAUGGACAAAGCCCUCGAUGGAGAAGAAGAGGAGGACGACGAAGACGACGAGAUCAUAGACAGAAUCGACGAUGAAGAUGGUGAGCCUGAAUCUCAUCCAUUAGAGGGGGAUGCGGACAAAGACAUCAGUGCUGAUCAGAAGAAUAAGAAGGGUGUUAAGAGACGCCGGGAGGAACAUGGAAGGGGCUACUUUGAAUUUAUUGAAGAAAGCAAAUACAGCCGGUCCAAGUCUCCCCUGCCACCUUUGGAGGAAGAAGAUGAAGAGUUUGAUGACACCCUGGUCUGCCUGGAUCCUUACAAUUGUGACCUUAAUUUCAAAGUCUCCCGGGACAGAUACAGCACCUCCUCUCUUACCAUGGAGAGUUUCGCUUACCUUUGGGCAGGUGGCCGUGCUUCCUAUGGCGUAAACAAAGGCAAAGCCUGCUUUGAAAUGAAGAUCUCUGAGAAAAUCCCAGUUAAGCAUUUAAACAGCAAAAACAUGGACUUCCAUGAUGUCCAUGUUGGCUGGUCCCUGGCAAAUGGAAGUCUUUUGCUGGGUGAGGAGGAGCAUUCCUACUCUUAUUCGAGCAAAGGGAAGAAGACUUCAAACUGUGUGACCGAAGACUAUGGGGAGAAUUUAGAUGAAAAUGAUGUCAUCGGCUGUUUCAUUAAUUUUGAAGCUGAUGAAGUGGAGAUUUCCUACUCCAAAAACGGCAAGGACCUUGGUGUGGCUUUCAAGGUCAAUAAAGAGUCCUUGGCCGGACAAACUCUGUUCCCCCAUGUUCUUUGCCACAACUGUGCGGUUGAGUUCAAUUUCGGUCAGAGUGAGACACCAUUCUUCCCUCAGGAGGAGGGCUUCACCUUCCUGCAGCAAAUUCCUGUGGAUGUGCGUAUCAGAGGACCUAAGGGACCUGAGACCAAGAAAGAUUGCGAGGUGAUCGUCAUGGUCGGCCUUCCUGGAUCUGGAAAAACGGCUUGGGUAAAUAAACAUGUUGAAGAGAACCCUGGAAAGUACAAUGUCCUCGGCACCAACACCAUCUUGGAGAAGAUGAUGAUUGGCAGCAUGAAGAGGCAAAACAAAGACACAGCGAAACUCUCAGCCAUCUCUCAGCGUGCUCCUUUGUUCCUGGGCAAGUUUAUUGAAAUUGCCGCCCGCAAAAAGAGAAACUACAUAUUGGAUCAGACGAACGUGUCUGCACCAGCCCAGAGAAGGAAGAUGUGUCUGUUUGCUGGCUUCCAACGCAAAGCUGUAGUGGUCUUCCCCACUGAAGAGGCCUUCAAGGAGAGAACACAGAAGAAAGCAGAAACCGAUGGCAAAGAUGUACCUGAGCAUGCCGUUCUGAAAAUGAAAGGUAUCUACACGUUGCCAGAGGUAGGAGACUGCUUCUCCCAGGUCACCUUUGUGGAACUGCAGAAGGAGGAGGCCGUCAAGCUCUUGGAGCAGUACAAGGAAGAGAGUAAGAGUGCUUUGCCACCUGAAAAGAAACCCAACCAAGGCACCGUGACCCCCAAAAAGGGAGGUGGACGAGGCAAAGGGCCUAAGAACCAGUUCGGUAGGGGUGGUGGUCCAGGCCCACGUGGAGGCAGAGGUGGAUUCCAGGCCCGUGGAAACUUCAGAGGAUUACCAGGACCACCUCGUGGUUUUAAUCGUCACCCACGUGGCUACAUGCCACCGCCACCACCUGUCUUCCGAGGAAGGUUCCAUAGCCGAGGUGGAGCCGGUGGGAUGCACAGCCGGGGAAUGGUCCCCAGGGGUGGGCACAUGAGAGGCGGCAGAGGUGGAGCAAUGGGCCGCGGAGGGCAUGCCAACAGAGGUAACAUGCACCGCGGCGGUGGACAAGGCAGACCCAAUAACAGAGGACACUUCCAGCAGAAGUUCCGUGGCAGAGGAGGCCAUCAGCAGAAUCGUGGUGGUUUUGGCAACAAAAACGGAUCUUUUGCCCAAGCCUUCAACCAGAGUUGGCAACAAGGGUUCUGGAACCAGAAGCCAUGGAAUCAACAGUACCACCCAGGAUAUUACUAAAUGUGCAUUUGUAUUAAAGACUCAUGGCCUCUUGUGCACUGGAAUGCACAGCCACUGAAUAACCAUCCACUUUUAUGGUCCUUGUUUAUUAUAAUUUUUUAAAGGAAGUCCAUUUUUAAAUAAGAGAAGCAAGUGGCAAACAAACAUUCCACCUACUGAGGUGAACAGUCUACGUUCUACAUAGAUGUGUGCUUGCUUCACUCUUAGAUUUUUGUAAAAUGUAUUUCCUCCCCCUUUUAUUUUGUAUCACAGCUUUGAUAUAUUGUUAUAUCAGGAAUCCCAGCAUUUGUCUUGUGCGAGGGAUGCUUUGAAUUUCAGGGUUGUGAAUUUUAUUCUCUAAAAUGUCAUUUUUACUCAAUGUAAAUUAUUAUUUUUCAGGUUGUUUUUUUUUGUGUGUGUAAGAGUUAUAGUGUUUAAGAAUCCCUGUGAACCUGAAUCUUUUAGAAUCUUUUGUCAAUAAUCAUUCAUAAUUACGCAGCAUCUCUGCCCUUCAUGUUCAGUGGAGGAGUGAAAAUAUUGUCCUCUAUUUACUUCUUAUAGAUUCAUGUUUUUCUUUGUUAGCCCAGACUGUAACAGUUACAUCAUAUGUUUGCAAUAAAUGAUGUGCUUGCUUUUCUAUGA